UAGAAACGAAACGUCAAGUUUGAUUUCAAAUAUUUGGUUAUGUAGGAUUUGGUAGAAUUUCAAAAUAAAUUUUAUAAAUAAGUAGUUGUUAAGUGAUUAAUGAUUAAAAUAGAUAAAAUCAAGUAAAAUGAAGCGAACACCAUUGAUAAUUUCACAUAUCCGACGACUCUUUUACAAUACAUCAACUCAUUCAAUUAUAAGGAAAAAUCAAAAUGUAAAUGUUUCCUUUUUAGGAACCUCUAGCUCACAAAUAUCUGUAAAUUAUUGCUGGAAAUGUCGUGCAGAGCGGAAGGGGUCUAACAUAUUUUGUGAGAAAUGUAACGUUAUACAAGUACCAAAUGAGAAGAAUAAUUAUUUUAAGGUAAUGGGAGUUCAAGAGACCUUUAAUGUUGAUCAGAAACUUUUAAAGGAGAAAUUUAGGAGUUUUCAAAGCUAUAUACAUCCGGACAAGUUUAGUAAUAGUACCAGUGAAGAGCAACAUAUCUCAGAAGAAUAUUCUUCUUUGAUCAACAAGGCCUUUAGUAAUCUCCUAUCACCUUUAAAAAGAGCUGAACACUUAUUACAUUUAAGAGGAGAAAGCAUUGCAGAGGGUCAAACUAUAGACGAACCUGAAUUCUUAAUGAAAAUAAUGGAAUUAAAUGAGGAGAUUGAAGAAGCUGAACACAAUGUAGACAAAUUGAAACAACUAGAUGCACAGAAUAAAAAACAACUGGAUAAAUUAAUUGAAGCCAUUGAUGAACACUUCAAAAACGGAAACUUAGAAGAAGCAAAGAAAACCAUUAUUAAAUUUAAGUAUUUUUCUAGUAUUAAUAGCAGAAUUAAUUCAAUAUUUAGAGAGGCUGGAGUGGUUGAUUGAUAUUAGACAAAAUUAUUUGUUUUAUAAUUGUAUUAACUUGUAAUGUAAGUUUUAUUAUGUAUGUAUAUAUUUGUCAAAAACAAUGGGGAGUUAUGAAUGUCGUACAGAGUGUAUGUACUAUACACCUAUGUAUUGUUAAAAAAGAAAAUAAAACUUGUUAGACUAAA